AUGGGGUGGCCCAUGGGUGCAUUGUGCCUUCGAGGGGUCUUCGUCAAGGAGAUCCCCUCUCCUUAUCUGUUUCUCUUAUGUGCAGAUGGAUUCUCUUCCCUCAUAAAUAGUGUUGCAAGAAACAAUAUGCUCUGUAGUGUCUCUAUCUGUAGGGGUUGCCCCAUGGUCACCCACCUUUUCUUCACCGACGAUAGUCUGUUGUUUUGCAAGGCAAGCACACAAGAAUGUCAGAACCUAAUGGCUAUUCUCAACCUCUAUGAAGCAGCCUCUGAACAAAAGGUAAAUGUUGAUAAAUCCUCAAUCUUCUUAAGCAUUAACACCCCCUUGGAGCUAAAAGCUGAGAUUAUGGAAGUCAUGGGUCCAAUGCAAGAUUCAAAGCAUAACAAAUACCUUGGGCUACCUUCAAUCAUUGGGAAGUCCAAAAAAGAGGUAUUUGCUGAAAUAAAGGAGAAAUUUGCAAAGAAAUUAUCCAGAUGGAAAGAAAAAAUCCUAUCUAUUGGGGGUAAAGAGAUUCUCAUCAAGGAGGUAGCCCAAGCCAUUCCAACGUAUGCUAUGAGUUGUUUUCUCCUCCCCAAAUGA